CUAGUGUUUUUGAAUGGAUUAUCUAUUCACUGGCAGUAUUGCAAGGCAUCUGAAUCUGUUUUAAGGAUGUUCGCCAUUCCCUGCUACAUGGCCAUGUUGGCGCGCGGCGCACCUCCAGCGGAGAGGAGCACACUUGUUGAGGGUCAGCAGUUUCAAGACCUCGUGCAGAGGAGCCGCAGCUUGACACAAAAGAUCCUGCUCUCCAUUCCCGACACGCACACAUCCUGCAUUCACGUAGAGACGCUACAACUCAACUCCUCAGAAAAUGCCAAGCUUGUGUAUAUGGCAUCCACCAUUGGCAUCCCCUCUGCUCCUGUGCUCCGAGUUGUGUCGGAAAACUUCACUUUGGAGACCAGUUUGAUGCGCAUGUCUGAGGGUCUUCAGCUGCACCGGGCCUUGCUGAGCUCCGUCUCUCCUCGGCUGGAAAACAAAUUGACUGGGCUGCUGGCUGACAUCAAAGACCUCAUCAUUCAGAUCAAUAAGAUGCUGAAGAUGGCCCGAACAGAGGCUGUGGCGCAGCCCUCGCCAACGCCUGUGGCCUUGCGUCUAUCAGGGGAAUACGACGUUCAGGUGGCAGCACACCUGACCCUGGUGCAGCUCCAGGCCUUCGGGCAGGACAUGAUCCGCUGCCUCAGGAGUCUGGACCAGAGCAACGGGGAAGAGACCGAGAGCUGACCAACAGCUGUCACACUGUGACUGAUUUAAGUUCAUGUCCAAAACAAACCGUAUUCUGCCAUUUUUUAAAAAAAUAUCAUAUUUAUGUAUUUAUCUGUUAAAUGAUUAUUUUUAAAAAUAUAUUUAUAUAUUUAUUUAUGGAAUAUUUAUUUCGGGAAUUUAUUUAUGAUUAAACUCUGUAUCCCUGUCCUUUCUGUAUCAUAUAGCAAUAACAGAAAAUAAAAUCACCAUCCUACAUUCUGACAAAAAUAUUAUACAGUAUAUCAUUUCAAUAAUUAAAACCUAUAUUUAUAACUCCCUCCAAUAUCUGAGUUUAAUAAAAAUAAUGUUUAGCGAGACAGAAUAUUUAUUAUUAUUUAACUUUAUCAACUAUUAACUCAUUUUAGGGGAUUGGGUGCAUAUUUAGGAUGAAUUAUAUGUUCUGUAAACUUUUUAAAUGAAACUAAAUAUUUUUGUAUGAAUCUCUCUCUUGCUGUACUGUGUUUAUAUUUUCUGAUACUUCAAUAAAAAAAUGCAUUUUCCUGAAAAGGGAACAGUUACUUUUUGUGAAUGACAAUACAUGACUCAUCAAGCACCGGCAGUGGGUUACGCUGAUACAUGCUGUCAAUAAAAUUACAUCUAAAAUUCCAGUGGAGUCAAUACUGUAAUAGAGAAGUGUAACUAAAAGUGAAAUAAUAGCUUUUGCGUCAUUAUUUCUGCCAGACGGAUUUCCUUGAAGAAGUGUUGCAAGUGGUGGAUGACUUGUCUGAUAAGCACAAGCUGUUGUCACUGCUGACAACUCCCUUGUACGUAGUGUGUCAUGUGUUAGCCUCGCUAGCAUGUGAUCAUCAUCACAGCGGUGGAAUCCCAUGUUG